GUUGCGGUUUUUUUAAUUUCAUUUAUUACAUUUUAGAAAAGGUAUUAGUGAUUACCUGUGAGUGAUUUUCAUUAGCAUCCUUCUGGAAUAACUUUUUUUUUUCGGUUACAAUCUCUCUGGAAUAACUUCAUUGAUCAUAAGAUUAAUAAACUUAUGCAAUAUAACAUACUCGGUCCGAGGUCUAAUUCUCCAAAACCACUUGCAAUAGAAUCUAACCCUUAGAUAUAUGUCCUGCAUUAGUUUCUUCCAGUCCUCUGCAUCCUAUCUUUGGAUUAUGACCUGUAAAGCUUGCCUUGAGGAAGAGCCAAGCCGGUUGGAGGGAUAUUUCAACCUCACCAGUAAAUUUGUAUCAUGCAUCUUGGUACAUAGAAACUGUGUAGUCCCUGGAAAUCAAUUCUUUGCCUUGUUGAUUUACAAAUAUCACUAGACUGCAAGUUUCUACAAUCUCAGCAAAUUAUCGAUUAUAGCCUUCUGUUGGGUCUACAUUUUAGAGCUCCCGAGGAUCUGAAGGGAUUUUCACAACCUCCUGCUGCAAUGCACAACCAUGAGAGUUUACCUGCUGAUGAUGGUGUGACUUUGCAAGGGGAGCUUUUGAUUCCUCCUAAAGGUCUUUUACUGGUAACCCAUGAACCUGGCUCUGUCAGUACUGCACCAGGUCCUCACAUCAGAGGAAGUCCGUUGAAAGCUUAUUCUCUCGGUGACAAAGAAGUCAAUCUCUUGCUCCCUGGUACAGGAAGGUGCGAUCGAUCAAUGGCUGCUUUUUCUUCUUCUGGCCCUCAAUGGAAAUAUGAAGUGUUCAUCAAUUUCAGAGGGGAAGAGACUCGCAAAGGCUUUGUCAGCCAUCUUUACAGAGCUCUGCGUCAGAAAACAAUCAACACCUUCAUCGAUGCCCAAGAGCUCGGAAAAGGAGACCGCCUUUCCGAGCUCCUGACAGCGAUUCGAGAGUCAAGGCUUUCGAUUGUUGUUUUCUCUCAAAACUAUGCUUCUUCCACUUGGUGCUUGAAAGAACUCGUGGAAAUCUUGAAAUGCAAGGAUACCAAGGAACAGAUUGUACUCCCCAUUUUCUACGAAGUUGAUCCGUCUGAUGUUCGUAAACUCAAGAGAAAAUUCGCGGAAGCUUUUGAUCAGCACGAUCACGAUUCUAACGUCGAAAUGGAAGAGGUUCAGAGCUGGAGAUCCGCUCUUACAACUGCCACCAGUUUAUCCGGCUGGGAUUCGCGAAACUAUGAGGAGGAUGCAAAGCUUAUAGAGGAAAUUGUGGAAGAUGUUUUUAGAAAAUUAAGGCACAUCUCAUCAACACCAUGCAAAGAUAAUGGCUUGGUUGAAAUGGAUUCUCAUAUGCACGAAAUGCAUUUACGAUUACAACCUGGUCCUCCUGGGGUGGAGUUGGGUGAUGUUCGCAUUGUAGGAAUAUGGGGUAUGGGUGGUUUAGGCAAAACAACCAUCGCUAGAGCUGUUUACGACGAAAUCGCUUGUCGAUUUGAAGCUUGUUGCUUUCUUGAAAAUGUCAAGGUGGGUUUCAUGAAGCAUGGCGAACAACAUAUGCAGACAGAACUUCUAUCUAGUAUCUCGGGAAACAAGGUGGAGAGUUUCGACAUAUUGAAAAAUGGUUUCCAGGUGAUGUUAAAAAGCCUUGGUCACAAAAAAGUUCUUCUUGUUGUUGAUGAUGUAGACAAAUUAGCUCAAAUUGAAGCCUUACUCGGAAAGGAACAUUCUUUUGGUGGUGGAAGUAGAAUUAUUAUAACAACUAGAGAUGUGCAAUUACUAAGCGGAGCUGAUGCGAUAUAUAGCCCCAAGCUUUUCAGUGGUGCUAGAGCUCUGAAACUCUUUAGGCGGUAUGCCUUCAGAACAAACCAACCCACCAAAGAUUAUGAUGAUCUUUCGUGGUGUGCUGUAAAAUAUGCUAAGGGUCUGCCUUUAGCACUCAAAGUCUUGGGAGCUUUUCUUGAUAAAAAAACUGUACGCGAGUGGGAAGAUGUGUUAAUAAAAAUAAGGGAAAUCCCACGACGAGAAAUUUAUGAUGUGCUUAAAACAAGCUUCGAUGGACUAGAUGACACAGAGAAAGACAUCUUUCUAGAUAUUGCAUGUUUCUUUAAAGGAAUGCAAAAAGACUAUGCAAUUGAAAUUCUGGACAGUUGUGGUUUCUAUCCUCGUACAGGUAUAAGAGUUCUAAUCGAUCGAGCUCUCAUAACUGUCUCACGGAAGGGGGAACUGGAGAUGCAUGAUUCACUACAGGAAAUGGGUCGGGAAAUAGUUCGCCAAGAAUCUAUCAAAGAGCCAGGGAGACGAAGCAGGUUGUGGAGUUAUGGAGAUGUUCAUCGUGUGCUAACUGAAAAUACGGGUAUAAAAGCAGUUGAAAGCAUAAUCUUGGAUUUGUCGAACUCAAGUGAGGUAUGCUUAAAUGCUGAAGCUUUUGAUAGUAUGACUCAACUAAGACUUCUCAUGAUCAUUCAGUCUUCCGACAAACAACACCUGAUUGGGCACUUAAAGUUUCUUUUUCGUGAGUUGAGGUGUCUCUUCUGGCUUCGUUGCCCCUUAAGUCUUUGUCAUCCAACUUUCAAUUAAAAAAUUUUGUUUACCUUGACAUG